UGCCGGCAUCACGACGAGUCUGCCGCCUGCCCGCGUCGCUGCGCCAUUUUGAUUUCAUUUUCAAAUCACGCGCAGACGCAGUUAUUUUUUAGCCCGCGAUAUUUUAAAAACUGAGGUGGCGCCACGAAUUCAAAAUGGCGUUCUGUUAUUGAAAUUUAAUUACGUGAUUAUUGUUUAUUGUUGAUUUGAAAAAUUAUUAUUUUUUAAUAAAUGAAUGAAUAAAUAUAUAUGAUAAUAAGUAUAAGAAAUAACAACAAUGUAAAAAAUGGUGAGGAACAUAAGCUGGUCUCUAAUAAAUAAUUUAUUUAAAAAUAACCCCAAAGUCGGGUUUUCUGGGUACAUAAAAAAAUAUAGAUCAUCACCAAAUAUAUAUAAUUACUACAAAUCAUCUACAUUAGCUGAGCAAUCAUCAAAUCGUCUGUCAGCACCAGUUCACUACGACGUAGACUACCACGAUGUUAAAAGUUUCAAACAAUUCAUCGAUGAAUCGUCAAUGGAAAGUGAGCAAGCCAUCGAUUCGCUCAGAAGAGAUUUUCAAAUCCCAAGAGAUAUUGCCAAGGAGGCUGUGAAAGAUUUUGAAAUUUUUCGGACACUGUCCAAAGCAACGAUUACCAAAAAUUACAAUCUCUUGGUUGCUGCUGGUGUUGACAAAGAGCUGCUCAAACUUCACCCUUACGCAUUUGCUAGCACGACUGAGGAUUUGGAGAAAAAAAUCACCAGUUUCGAGACCAUGAAGCUGGACAUCAACCAAGCGCUUUUGCUGUUUAAAUUUCCGGCUAAAAAAUUAGUGCGGCUGGCAGCUUUAACUGAGUCAGACAAAACGAUUAUCCCUCAAGAAUUUAAUAAUCGGAUUGAGUACUUGGCAAAUCGGUUCGAGUGCAGUAUAAGAGAAUUAUGUCGAAAUUUAGUAAUGAAUAAAUAUUUUCUUACCUUGAGUAUGAAAAAAAUAUAUGACAUCACUGAAAACUUACGCGAGGCUGGUACCAAGGGAAGAAUGAUAAGGACAAAUUUAUUUUUAUAUGGGUACAAAGUAUCACGAGUAUUAGAAAGAAUUGACAAAGCCCGAACUUUUGGAAACAGGCACGUGAAGCCAUGGGCAGUGCGCUGUCCAGCCAACGUAUUUGCCAGAAUGGAGGAAGAUGCUAGAACCCGAAUUGAGUAUUUGAAACCCUACGCUAGUCUUGAAGAAUACAUCAUGGCAUUAUUCGAUUGCGACAAGAAUUUCGUUGACUGUCUAUUCCGCAAGGAUCCGUCGCUCUACAUGAGGAACAUCAAGGCUCUGACGGGCGUGUUGUUGUUCAUGCGCGAAAAAGGUUACAAAUUUGAAAAUGUAUAUUUAGGAACACGAGCACUUCACUGCCGAGAAGAAUCCCUGCGUUAUAAAUAUGACAGAUGGGUUAAGCACGACCUGGGGCAGCCUUCUCUGUCCCUUAUCUCUGCUUCGAACAGCGCCUUUGAGAACUUGUUCCAAAAAAAAUUACAGAAAAGGUUUAAUCUGAAUGAUCGUGAAGAUUCAUAUCCUUAAUUAUUAUUAUUAUUGAAAAAUAAAUUUUUUAAUAGAUGUAUAAAUAUUUUUACAUAAUUAUUUUUAAUAUUUUGAUUGUUUAUUUGACUUAUAUAUAAAUAAAUGUAUAUAUCUAAUAGUCUGAUAACGAAAAUAAAUUCAAAGGCUAUUUUUUUUAUUUAAAAAAUUUUAAAUUUACUAGAUUUGUAAUUUGGCACUUGUGAUGUUUUUUUUUUUUUUUUUUUAUAGAAGUAAUUGAGCUAAAAAUUAAUUGAAUAGAGGCCGUUAUGGAAUCAACUUUUUAAAAUUUUUU